UUUUCCCUCAUAUCUAGCAAAACUGUACAAUCUAAAGUGGACUGCAUUUUGCAAGAAGUUGAGAAGUUUACAGACCUAGAGAAACUCUACCUCUACCUUCAGCUGCCUUCGGGUCCCAGCAAUGGAGACAAAAGCGAUCAGAUCUCCAUGUCGUCCAGUCGUGCCCAGCAGAUGCACGCCUUCUCGUGGAUACGGAACACCUUGGAAGAGCACCCCGAGACAUCCCUUCCCAAGCAGGAGGUUUAUGAUGAAUACAAGAGCUAUUGUGACAAUCUUGGCUACCACCCAUUAAGUGCUGCUGACUUUGGAAAGAUCAUGAAAAACGUCUUUCCAAAUAUGAAGGCCCGUCGUCUAGGCACAAGAGGCAAAUCAAAAUAUUGCUACAGUGGACUGAGGAAGAAGGCUUUUGUGCACAUGCCAACACUGCCCAACCUUGACUUUCAUAAAACUGGAGAUGGGUUGGAUGGGGCAGAGCCGUCUGGCCAGCUGCAAAGCGCUGAUGAGGAAGUUGUCUCUGCGGCCUGCCGGCUUGUUUGUGAAUGGGCCCAGAAAGUGCUGAGCCAGCCUUUUGAUACAGUCCUGGAAUUGGCUCGUUUCCUUGUAAAAAGUCACUAUAUUGGUACCAAGUCAAUGGCAGCUUUAACAGUAAUGGCAGGGGCACCAGCAGGAAUAAAAGGGAUCCCCCAGCCCUCAGCUUUUAUACCUACUGCUGAAAGUAAUUCCUUUCAACCACAAGUGAAAACUCUGCCAUCUCCUGUUGAUGCCAAGCAGCAGCUGCAGCGUAAGAUCCAGAAGAAGCAGCAAGAACAGAAACUGCAGUCUCCUUUGCCAGGAGAGUCUCCAGCCAAGAAAACAGAAGGCACCACAACCAACGGUGUGACCAGUAUAUCUAAUGGGAGUCCUGCAAUUCUGUCUCCUCCACCUAUUGGCAUUGUUGUGGCAGCUGUUCCCAGCCCAAUACCGGUGUCAAGGACCAGGCAGUUGGUGACAUCUCCAAGUCCUAUGGGAUCGUCUGAUAGCAAGGUCCUGCCACUCAACGUUCAGGUGGUCACACAGCACAUGCAAUCAGUCAAGCAGUCACCAAAGACUCCCCAGAACGUUCCUGCCAGCCCAGUUGGUGACCGCUCUGCCCGGCAUCGCUACCCACAGAUCUUACCGAAGCCAGCAAAUACCAGUGCUCUCACCAUCCGCUCUCCCACGACGGUGCUCUUUACCAGUAGCCCCAUCAAGACUGUUGUGCCAGCUCCACAUGUCAAUUCCUUAAAUGUGGUAAAAAUGACAGCAAUAUCUCUUGCCCCAAGCAGCAGUAGUGUGCCCGUCAAACAGACGCCUUCAGCUAGCAGUAGUGCAGGAGCAGUGGAAGAAGGGAGGACUGGUCCACAGAUCAAAAAUGGAUCUGUUGUUUCACUUCAGUCUCCAGGAUCCAAGCCUAGCACUGUUGUAGCUGCACCGACAGUCAAGAUCAAAGUGGAACCAGAAGCAUUGCUGGAUGAGAACUCGGUACAGGGCCAAGAGAGCUCUGAUGUGUCUAAAUCCAUAAAGGCAACGUCUGACCUGCCUCCUGCUCAACUAAUUAAUUUUGAGAUUGCAACCUUGAAGGUUUCAGCUGAUGAUGUCGUGGAGGCAAAACCAGUUAAGGGCUCUGAUCAGGGAGCUGAAGAAGCAGGGACCAAAUACAAAACACAGUCUAAUGAGAUCACACCAGUUUCUUCAGCUGGCAAUAAUCAAAGCACUCUAAAGCUCUCAGUUGCCAGUCAAAACUUGUCCAGCACCAGCAUUGGUUCACCUCCUACUGGUGAGUCUACGAUUAAAGACAAAACGUGCACUAAGAGUCCAAGAAAGCGACAACCUUCUACACUUCAGGAUUCCCAGGUACCACCUGUAAAGAAACCACUGGUGGAGCAGCUUUCAGCUGGUAAUGCUGUGGAGGGUCAAAAAGCAAACAGUCUUAAGUCUCCAAAGGUUGGAUCGUUAGCGAACAGUGACAAUACAGCAACACUUGCUCAAGCUCCCAGCAAGGUACCUGUGAAGGUGCCUGUACCUUCUGCAGCUGCAGCAAACUUAGCAACAGACCUUUCUUUGAGCACCAAUUUAAGUGCCAGUGAUUCUACUUUAGGACAGCAGCUUGUGUCAGCAUCAUCUCCAGAUAUAAAAGUAAAAUUGGAAGGAAACAUGUUUAUCAUAGAAAAUGAUUCAAAACCUGAUGGCAGCUUUAACCCGAAUCCGUGGCACCAUAUCACCAAAACCUCCGACUUUGCAUCUGUGAAUUGCGAACAGCAGCAAGAUAUCAGUGUUAUGACUAUCGCAGGGCACUCUGGCGCUAGUGACUUACAGGAAUCGGCAUGGGAGCCAGUGCACUGCGAAGGUAUGCAGCAGGAUGCGUACAGCCAGCAGUUACAGAGCCAGAUCCAGGACUCCUCCUUGGGUCAAAUACAAGCACAGUCUUCAAAUCAGUUACCUCUGCAGUCUGAGCUGAAAGAGUUUGAACACACAGUCCCUCAGUCAAACGAAAACUUCUUUUCAUUUGAUGAUGACCUUACCCAAGACAGCAUUGUGGAGGAGCUGGUGCUCAUGGAGGAGCAAAUGUCCAUGAAUAAUUCUCAUCCUUAUGGUGGUUGUCUAGGAAUGGCACUUCCGAGUCAGACCGCAGCUCAAGGAGCUCCUGUGUCAUCUCAUCCAAGCAGCGCGCACUUUUACCAUUCGAUCUUUGCAUUUACUCCCAUCAGCUCCAGUAUGGCUUAUCAUGAUGCCAGCAUUAUAUCAAGUAGCCCCGUGAAGCCAAUGCAGCGGCCCAUGGCUACCCAUCCUGACAAAACCAAGCUUGAGUGGAUGAAUAAUGGCUACAGCAGUGUUAGCAAUUCGUCAGUUGCAAACCAUGGCAUCCUUACAAGCUAUCAGGAGCUGGUGGAUGACCGCUUCAGGAAACCUCACGCUUUUGCUGUUCCUGGCCAGUCGUACCAGUCUCAGCCGCGCCACCAUGAUACUCACUUUGGUCGCGUGACUCCUGUCUCACCUGUGCAGCACCAGGCAGCCCCUGUCAGUAGCACCACCAAGCAAGAGGGCUUUGCUGUUCCUGCUCCUUUGGACAACAAAGGAACCGGUUCCUCUCUCAACAACAGUCUGAGGUGCCGGAGCGUGAGCCCUGCUGUCCAUCGCCAGCGUAAUCUCAGCGGAAGCACUGUUUACCCUGUUUCAAACAUACCACGCUCUAACCUGACACCUUUUGGAAGUCCAGUGACCCCUGAAGUUCACAAUGUAUUUGCUAAUAUCCACGCAGACACCAGUGCCAAUAACAUAGCGCAAAGAAGCCAGUCAGUCCCAUUGACUGUGAUGAUGCAGACGGCCUUCCCGUCUCUUCAGAAACAAACAAACACUAAAAAAAUAACCAAUGUGUUGUUAAACAAACUUGAUUCUGAUAGCGAUGAUGCAGUGAGAGGUUUGGGAGUGAACAACAUGCCCUCAAAUUACACAGCCAGGAUGAAUCUCACUCAGAUUUUAGAGACAUCCACAGCUUUUCCUAGUGCCAACCCACAAAAUAUGAUCAAUUCCAGCACUUCAGUUUAUGAAUUCCAAACACCAAAUUACCUCACAAAAAACAGCAGCACCGAUCAGAUCAGUUUUUCUUCUGGAGAUAACCAAGCACAAUCAGACAUCGGAGAGCAGCAGUUAGAUUUUAGCAGCACUGUAAAAGACCUUUUAGGGGAGGACAGUCUGCCAACAAACCAGCAGCUGGUGAAUCAGGUGGCAUCAGAUCUCAAUAACGUUGCAUCUGUCUUUUCCAGCGACAUCAGGUUGUCUUCCGAGCUCUCAGGCAGCAUUAACGAUCUGAACACUUUAGACACAAAUCUACUGUUUGAUCCAGGUCGUCAGCAGGGACAAGACGAUGAUGCUACACUGGAGGAAUUAAAAAAUGACCCCUUGUUUCAACAAAUCUGCAAUGAAUCCAUUAACUCAAUGACUACGUCAGGUUUUGAAUGGAUGGAGAGUAAGGAUCAUCCUGCUGUUGAAAUGUUGGGUUAAUCUUGUUUUAUAAUAUGUAUGUAGCACACUGUAUCUAAAAGACAGACGUAUUGUAUUUGUCUUAAUGGAAGUGCCUCCUGCAGCAGAAACACUUGCUAUGUAUUGUGGCAUUUUUAAAAAAGUUUGCUGUACCCGUUGCUCAUUCUUCAGCAGGGAAAAGGCAGUCUUACCAAUUUUAAACCAUUCUCUGAAGGUGAUGGGCUAUCGAAGAGCCAGUAUUAAAAUUUUAAUUUUAGUGUUUCCCAUUCAACAUUUCUUAUUGUAGCAAAUAAAGAAGCAGUUUAUAGCCAGCCAGCAGCGACGGCGAUGGUUGAGGCUUUGGGGGGGUUUUAAGUUGAGCUUGUUAGUAGGCUUUCUAUACUUCAUAUUGCUUGUUACUUCUCAGUAGAUGAUCCUUACUGACCUUUGUUGUUCAGGCCUGAAGUGCAGGGUGCCUGCAGAGAGGUAGGUGGUGGGGAGUAGGUACAAGACAACCAGGUGACGAGCAGGUGCCUGGCCACAGCGUAGCUGUCUUGAGCACUGCUCAGUGGUGAACUCUGUAGCACUGGUGCCACUGACAUUUCUAGUAAAACGCAGAGAUAGGAAAAACUAACAGGAAUGAUCAAGGAAAAAGAAAGAUGCACUAAAUUUUUUAUGUAAGAGAAAUAAAUCUAUGUAGUUAUUUUAUCCAUUAAUAUUCAUGACAUACUUGAUAUUUUAGUUUUCACUUCAGUGCUUUUAUAUUAGGUAAAAUUCAUGCAAAAAGAUUUUGAGCACUGAGAUUUAAUCUAGGUAUUACACCCUAUUUUAAAGUGAUAGGUACUGUUUAAUUAUUUAUCAAUGCUAGAGAAGGAACGUGAUAUUUCCCCUCUUUUUUUUUUUUAAUAAAAGAGCUGCUGGAGCUCAUUAAACUACUAUUUUUAAAGACUCAUUUUUUUAAGUUUGCUCUUUCCUAACCUAGUGGAGGGUGUAGGAAGAUGUUAUUUUCUCUGUAUCUCAGUAGGUUGAGCCUUUCUGUCUUUCUUGCUCGCUCUCUUUAUCUCAAACAAAAGAUGAUUAAAAUAGUAGAAAAUGUGGUCGAUCUAAAAAUAUUUCUUAUAGAGCCAUAAUACUGCCAGGCACUUUACAGAUACACAGUAAGACAUGUGAUCUUUCUUUUGGUAAAGCUUCUUUUAAAAGUACUUGCUGUUUUAGAAGCCUGAGUUCCAUUUUCCUAAAGUGAUUUGACAGGACUGGUGAAUCUAAUUUUUUUUUUUUUAGAAGUCCUUAGUUGCCCCUCUGGAAAAUGAGAUUUAGAAUUCUUCCUUACUAGUUCACUUGAACCAAAAAAGACCUCUUGUUUUAUCAGCAUGGCACAGGUCUCUUUGGUGAAAAGAGAGAGGUACUUAGCUGGCCGUGGCCCUGAUAAGGACUUGGAGAGGCUAUCUUUUACAAAAGAAGUGGUGCGCUGAGGAUGCCACAAUACCAUCCCUUAAGCUUAGUAUAAAAUUGAUUUUUUCUCCUGUGAAUUGACACUUAGAAAACAGAAGACAGAGCGGAAAAUGUUUUCUUUUCUUGCAUUACUUCUUUGAGCGGUCAUGAAUUUAUGAAGGAGGAGGCACAAAAAGCCCCCCUAGAUUUAGUUAAGGGGAAGAUGCUCCGAUUUUUCAGGUGACUAGUGUUUUUUUUUGUUGAAAUGUCUUGGCAGUCUUCUGUUCCUUCAGUUUUUGCUAAUGACUUGAGAUCCCAGUACUGGUCAGGUUUUUUUGGUGGUGCUGAUUCAACUCGUGCUGCUGCAUUGGCACUCGAGGUGCUGGUGUACCACGGCUUCUCUUGCUCUUGCCCCAGUUCAUCACCAGUCCGUGGCCUCUUCUGCAAGGACAAACAGUUGUGCCAAGCUAUAGCACCUUAUAGGGGCCUGAUUUCACUGUGCCUGCAUCAGAAGUUUUGCCACUUUGCCAGGAACAAAAUUGGAGAGCUUGGAUCCCUCCUUGAAGCGCAAGGAUAUGUGAUGUGUGGUUUGCUUCAUUUAAAACCAAGUUACCCUUUUAAGUUUUGUUAAAGAAAUGGGCAAGAGACUGAAAACUGCAUGGUAGCCUUCUGCUUGUUACCUUGCCAGGUGUCUGUCAGUAAGGCUUGAACCAUUCUUCUUGUAGACUAAAGUUGUUGAAGGCAAGGGCUUGAGUUCUGUACCUGCCUGUGGCAUUUUGCCAGAGAUGUGUCAAGCAUCCUCUUACCUUAUUGACUGCAUGGGGUCUGAGAGACGCUCAGCGCCUUCUUUUUGGUUUUUUUUGCUCCCGACCCUGUAAGAACUGCCGGCACUACUGCGAAUAGGUGAAACCCACCUUCCAAUGGGGAGUGAUGGGGGAGGACGCGAGCGCCGGUGCUGCAGGGAGCAGCCGCGCACGUGCUGCAGCAGCCCCUGCCGUGUGCGUGAUGUGCUGGCCUCGCCUCCAGGUCGCCAACUCCAAGAUUGACGUGGGCUUGGGGGAAAUAAAUGUUUGCCUAACUCCACUAGUUUUUUUUAAGAACAUUUCUCAGAAAAGCAAGAGUAGAUUUAAAGCUGAUGCAUUCUAAAUUAUGCAGCCGUCACCAAAGGUUUUUAAAAGUGCGUUUAAAAUUAUUUUUAAAUACAAGCAUUACAUUGGGCCUAAUGUGACUUAAUUAGCAGAAAUAUUCUAUAAUCAGUGGAUUUAAAGCAAAUAUAUGUUUAAUUUAAGAGGUGUUAAAUUCAAUAAGGAUUGUUUCAAGUAAAAUCCAAGACACAGGCACAGCUUUGUACAUUGGUAUGUAUUAUUUUAGAGGUGUUUGUGUGUUGGUGUUACAAUUAAUAAUGUUAGGUCCCUCUACUUAGUGCUAGUUACUACUUUACUAUACAUCAAGACAGAGCACUACUGCACACCAAAGUAUGCAAUACCCAAAGGAAAAUUCUGUGAUUCUAACAAAUGGAAGCCUGUCUGUGUCAGAUACUCCAAAAUUUAAGAAUUUGAGACAGUUCUGACCCCUUGUUUACAUUAUUGGCUUCCUAGUAACAUGAGAAAUAAAUUAUUUUGAUAGCAGUUUUUGCUAAAGUAUACAAACUAGUGAAUUUGUACCCUGUGUACAGUAUUGCAGCAAACACUUUAAAUUUGGUUGGUUGGUUAGUCCAGCAAACUUUCUGGGUUCAUAUAUUGCACUAAAAUUCUGUUGAACCUGUGGCAGGCACGUUCCUUAGGAUAAAUGCAACAAAUACGGCCCACAGAUUAAAAAAAAAAAA